GUUGCAAAUAGAAGUGGGAGCGUGCAAAUCAUUUCCGAAAAAUAAAAAUAAAAAUAAAUAAAGCUAAAGAUCGGCCCGACUCAACGGUCCGCCUCUCCAGACAAAACCCUUCUCCUCCUCCUCCCCAGCUCUCUCUCUCUCCCGAUCACCAUGUGCUAUGGUCAGCAGCGACCCUUCUCCCGGGACACCCCUUCGCCACCGCGUGCCGUCCGAUCGCCCAACGACAACGACAACGACAACAACGCCGUCGCCGUCGAAGAUCUGCGCGGCCGCCUCGCCGAGACGGAGGCGCGUCUCACCCGCGCUAGGGCUCGCGAGGCCGAGCUCAACCGCCGCCUCGACGAGAUGAAACGCUUCGUUUCCGUCAUGGAGAUCAUCGAAACCUACCUCCUCCGACGCUUCCGGGAGCAGCAAGAUUACGUCUCCCGCCUCUUCUCUACCUCACGUAAAUAAAUAAAUUAUACAAAACCUACCAAUACUCCCUUCAAUUUCACCAAACUCUUUCUCUGUUCAUAGCUUCCCUUUUUUUUUUUUCCUGGUUCUUGUUGUGUUUUGUAUUUUAUGGAAUUACUAUUUUUCAGGAAUCUACUGCUGUGGAAGAUUAUUCAUGGAAAAUGAGAUUUACUGAUAGUGGUGUCAGUGUGAAUGUUGUUCUUUAGGUUGCGCAAUUAGAAAUAGAUUGCUUUUGUCUGGAUUCUUGAAGUAGAUUAGUGUUCUCUAUUUCUAUAGAAAGUGAUUUCUUUUUGUUUGA